CAGGAGGAGCCAGCUGCGAACCCAGGUGCUCAAGGGGUGGCACGGGCGAUGCACCAGUGCUCCCAGGGGAGAACACCCCAGGGCAGGGCAUUGUCAGCCCAUCCCAGCUCCCACCCGGCAAGGAGGAGAACACUGCCGGUGCCGGGUAUCCCGGUGGGGAGGGUGACCCGGUGCCCGCUGCGGAGGGAGCAGGCAGCACCUCUGCCUGCACAGACAGCAGCACCGUGGCUGAGAGCGGCCCACUGGAUACUGAUGAGGAACCGGAGAGCGGCACGUGGGAGGGGGCGCCCCCAGAGAGCCGUGAGCCCCCGCUGCCCCUGGAGCUGCUGUGCCACGGCGUAGAGGCACUCUCGCCCAUGGCCUGGGCCGAGGAGCCGGCGGGGGCAGACAAGGAUGCUGGCUCGCCGCAGCAGCACCGGUGCAGCCAGGAGGCCGAGGAGGAAGAGGGAGGUCUCUGCAGCGACUCCCCAAAGGCAGAGCGUGCCAGUGCUGGGACGCCGAGCCAGGCCAGCCCAGGUGCCGAGGAGAGCUGGGACGCGCUGUUCAACGACGAUGGGGACUGCCUGGACCCGCGCCUGCUGGAGGAGCUCUCGGGGGGUGAGAAGCACCGGGAGAGCCAGCAGUCACCCCGCUUCGACUACUAUGGGGCUGAGCCCGCCGCACUGGACCUCAGUGAUGCCGAGCUGCCCCACGUCAUUGAGAUCUAUGAUUUCCCCUCGGAUUUCCGCACUGAGGACCUGCUGCGUGUUUUCUGCAGCUAUCAGAAAAAAGGCUUUGAUAUUAAGUGGGUGGAUGAUACGCACGCCCUGGGCAUCUUCUCCAGCCCCAUAACAGCACGCGAUGCCCUCAGCACCAAGCACCUGAUGGUGAAGACGCGCCCACUCUCCCAGGGCACCCGCGCCUCUAAAGCCAAAGCCAGGGUGUAUGCCGACUACCUGCAGCCAGCCAAGGAACGCCCUGAAACAUCAGCUGCCCUGGCCAGGCGGCUGGUGAUCGGUGCCCUGGGAGUACGCAGCAACCAGACGCCAGCCCAGCGAGAUGCCGAGCGGAGGAAGCUGCAAGAAGCCCGGGAGAGGAAGCGCCUGGAGAACAAGCAGCGGGAGGAUGCCUGGGAAGGCCGGGACUAAGCCGGGAGGCUGCACCUUCAGCCCCACUGGGAACCCCCCUGGGGGGCCUGGGCCCCUCUCUGCGGGCAGGCAGGGCAGCAUCUCAGAGCUGGGAUGGAUCCUGCACCGCAUCCAAAAGCACUGGGCUGCUUCACCAAAAGGGCUGAGCAGGACACGCACA